AUGAACACAGUGCCCACGGCUCUGCAGCCUCCAGUGAAGCCAGUGCCUGCCUUACGGCAUUCCCCAUUGAACCUUUGGUCCGCAGCACUGCAGCCGCCAGUAAAGCCAUUGCCCACAGCAUUGCGGCCACAAGUGAAACCCGUGCCCACAGGACUGAAGCCUCCAGUUAUCCCAGUGAUCCGUGCACUGGAGUCUGCAGGGAACCCACCUGCAGUGAACCCAGGGCCUCUGGGUCUCUACCCUCCAGUAAAGCCAGUGUCCCUGACACUGCACCCUGCAGUGAACCCAGUGCCCACGGCACUAUUCCACCCCGGGGAAAAAGUGCCUGCGACACUGCAGCCUGCUGUGAACCCAGUGCCCGCGGCUCUGCAGCCUCCAUUGAUGCCAGUGCACGCCGUACUGCACUCUGCAGUGAACCUUGGGUCUGCGGCACUUGAGCCACGAGUAAAGCCAGUGCCCGCGGCAUUGCAGCCUCCAGUGAAACACGUGCCAACUGCACUGCAGCCUCCAGUUAUCAAAGUGAUCCGUGCACUACAGUCUGCAUUGAACCCAGUGCCUACAGCACUGCACCCUGCAGUGAACCCAAUUCUGACUGCACUGCAGGUUCCAGGGAUCCCAGUGCAUAUGGCACUACAGCCUCCAGUGAACAAAGUUGAAGCCAGUGUCCUUGGCACUGCACGCUCCAAUGAAGCCAGGGCCCGCGGAACUUUACCUUCCAGUGAACCAAGGAUCCCCGCCAAUGCAGGCUCCAGUGAAGCUUGUGCCCGCGACACUGCACCCUCCUGUGAACCAAGUGUCUGCGCCACUGCACCUUCCAGUGAACCCAGUGACCGCUGCAGUGGAGCCUCCAGUGAAGCCAGUGCCUGUGGCACUGCAGGCACCACUGAAACCAACUGCUAUGAACCCAGUGCUUGCAGCUCUGCAAUCUCCAUUGAAGCCAGUGCCUGCUGUACUGCACUCUCGAGUGAACACAGGGUCGCGGCACUGCAGCCCCCAGUAAAGCCAGUGCCCGCGGCAUUGCAGCCCCCAGUGAAACACGUGCCAACUGCACUGCAGCCUCCAGUUGUCAAAGUGAUCCAUGCACUGCAGUCUGCAGUGAACCCAGUGCCCACAUCACUGCACACUGCAGUGAACCAAGUUCUGACUGCACUUGAACCCAGUGGCACAGCACUGCAGCCUGCAGUGCACUCAGUGCCUGCGGGUCUCUACACUCCAGUGAAGCCAGUGUCCUUGGCACUGCACGCUCCAGUGAAGCCAGUGCCCACGGAACUGCACCUUCCCGUGAACCAAGGGUCCCCGCCAAUGCAGGCUCAAUUGAAGCCAGUGCCCGCGGCACUGCACCUUACUGUGAACCAAGUGUCUAUGCCACUGCACCUUCCAGUGAACCAAGUUCCCGCUGCACUGGAGCCUCCAGUGAACCCAGUGACCGCUGUAGUGGAGCGUCCAGUGAAGCCAGUGCCCGCAGCACUGCAGGCACCACUGAAAACAGUUCCCGUGGCACUGCAGCCUGCAGUGAACUCAGUUCCCACGGCACUGCAGCCUCCAGUGAACCCAGUGGCCAGGGCACUAGAACAUCCUGUGAACAAAGUGCCCGCGCAACUGCAGCCUGCUAUGAACCCGGUGCCCGCGGCUCUGCAACCUCUAUUGAAUCCAGUGCCUGCCGUACUGCACUCUCGAGUGAACCUAGGGUGCACGGCACUGCAGCCCCCAGUAAAGUCAGUGGCACGGCAUUGCAGCAUCCAGGGAAACCCCUGCCCACUGAACUGGAGCCUCCAGUUAUCCCAGUGA